CACAGGGGUCCAGCUAAUCAAAGGGAGGCGUCACUUCCUUUGUCUGCUUGCAGUGGCCAUGCUUGAGAAAGCUGCAUAGAAAAUUCUGUGUUUGCAACAAUGGGGUUCAGGCAGCUUAUUGCAUUUGGUUUUGUGCUUGCGUGUGUCAGGUUAAGUGACGCUCGAUUCAUCAGUAUAAGAGAGCCAAACUACUGGGGGGUUGAGGUUGAAGUCAAGCAAGAAGCAGAACCUGAGAGAGAGCACUCCAUGGAGUCUACUCAACAAGAUAACAUUCUCCAGGCAAAGCAAAUCCAGCAAGUAUUCGAACCACUGUCCUGGAGGUUUCCAGAAAAUCCUGUGGAUUCAGAGCCAAAGAUCCCUGUCAAAUUUAUACUGCGGCAAUCAGCGACGGCCAACCGUGUUGCUGUGAGGUGUGGGGAAAGCAGGAUCCAGGUUGAAGCAAGCCAGGAUUUGCUGGGCCUCGGCAAGCUGAUAAAGCCAGGGGAUGUUACACUUGGUGGUUGUUCAGCCACUGAGAUCGACAACUUGUCUCAUGUGCUGAUCUUUGAAUAUGAGCUACACAGCUGUGGCAGCACACUAGUGAUGACAGAGAAUACCUUCAUUUAUGCAUUUACACUGGUCUACAACCCCAAAGUGUCUGGCAGAAAUCACAUAACGAGGAGCCAGACUGCUGUCAUUGGAGUGGAAUGCCACUACCCGAGAUGAAUCAAAAGCUGUAUCAGCCUUCAAAAACCCACUUGAGUUUGAUGUGUAGAAAUUGGCUUUAUAUGUAAGAG